GGAGUAAGGGCGGAAGUACGGCAGCGGCGUUCUCAGGCCUGAUGAUGACGGUAGGAAUGGUUUCAGAGGAGGCAAUCGAUCAUCGACCUGCUCGAGCAGCCACGGUAGUUCGGUGUGGUGUGCCGGCCCGGUACAGGCGUAUCCCGGUGUGAAGCAGAAGAGCGGAGGAUGGGGGGGAAGAACAAGCAGAGGACGAAAGGAAACGUCCGACCGUCAAGCAGCGGAAGGGCGGCAGAGCUCCUUGCCAAGGAAAGUGGGACAGUGCCUGGUUUCAUUGGGUUUGGAUCAUCACAGAACGACCUGGGUUAUGUCCCUGCCGUGCAGGGCGCCGAAGAGGUCGACAGUCUUGUUGAUGCCGACUUCCGAAUGGUGUUACGUAAGCUCUCCAAGCGGGACGUCACAACAAAAUUAAAAGCAAUGCAAGAGUUUGGUGCAAUGUGCAAGGAGAGGGACAAAGAGACUGUUCGUGGCGUCCUUACUUAUUGGCCCAGGAACUACUGCAAGAUCUCCCUGGACCAUGACCGCAGAGUGCGGGAGGCCACUCAACAAGCCUUCGAACAGCUAAUUCUCAAAGUGAAGAAACAUUUGGCCCCUCACUUAAAAAGUCUGAUGGGGUUCUGGCUUAUCGCCCAGUGCGACACCUACUCACCAGCAGCAAGUGCAGCCAGAGCAGCCUUUGAAGCCGCCUUCCCACCACACAAACAGGCGGAAGCCCUGGUGUUCUGCAAAGAUGAGAUAUUGCAUGUUUUGCUUGAUCAUCUGCUGAAGGAAACGCCUGACUCACUAAGUGACCCCCAGACGGUUCCGGAUGAGGAAAGGGAGGCCAAGUAUUUCCGUGUUGUGACCUGCUCCAUGCUGGCCUUGAAGCGUCUUCUGGCCACCUUACCGAGCAGCGAGAGCAUCUCCCUCCAGGAGAGUCUUACUCACCUGCUGUCACAGAGCUCCUUCUGGAAGUACAGCAAGCACAAGUCCCCAAACAUCCGUUCUGCUUUCUUUGAGCUUAUUUCAGCGCUGUGCCAGCACCUUCCUGCCCUGGUAAACACUGAGGCCUCCCGGGUGUGUGUGGCUGUACUCCUGAGUAUUGAUGACAGUGAUGCUGUGGUGUGUCCGGCGCUAUGGGAGUCUGUCCUGUACACUGUAACCACCAUAGAGAACUGCUGGGCUCAUGUAAAUCUGAAGAAGGGCUUACUGCCCAAGCUGUGGACAGUCCUGAGAGAGGGCGGAAGAGGCCUCGCUACAGUCAUCUUCCCCAACCUGCUACCGUUUAUUAGCAGAAUCCCACAUGAAAUAACCAGCUCUCGCCUGGACUUCUACAACGCCUUGUUUGACUCUUUAAUCCAAGGCCUGUCUAGUGAGCGAGCCAUUGUCAGCCACAUGGAAUAUUCCGCCAUACUCACCGCCUACACGGAAUGCCUGCGCUUCGCCAUGCAGGAAAACGCGGAAGAUGGAGAGGAACGCGUCAGAUUUCGCCAGAUGCUCAUUACAGACCAACUAAUCCCACUUAUUGAUUCCUCGUUAAAAGAUCCAAAGCUUCAGAACAGUCCACUCUUCGGCCAAGUAGAAGAAACCUUGCAUUCCUGGGAGAGAAAAGCAGAAAGCCAAGAGGUUGGCGAUGACCUUUCCAAGGCAUACAGCACUGUGUUGUCUUCGUUUUGGGAGAGCCUUGAACUGGUGUGUGUGAGGCAUGUAGAUGUAAUUGAAGCUGAAGAAAGGGAACUAGCUGGGGUAUCGGGUCUUCUUCAAGUGCUGAAGAACCCAAACAGUUCCGUGAAGAUGUGCAAAAAGAAGGAAGCCAAGAUCCGUUUUACAGGUGAUGAAGAAGACUGUGUAAAUGAUGACCUCAAACUGGAUCCUCAUAAAUUGGAAUCUCAGGUGGCCUUGGUGGUUCUCAGCAAAGAUGGAGAAUGCCACCUGACUGAGCUGAGGCAGAAGCGCCUGGAGGACUUGGUUUGCAAGCUGGCGGAGCUGAGCAUGGUGUAUAUUUCUGAGCAAGGAUCUGAUCGUCACUUGAGGUUCUUGGCUGCCCUUCUAAGUGCUUUCCCAUCAGUCAAGGUGUUCCAGGUGCUCCUAGAACAAAGCACCGAAGGAAACGUCCCUAAGAGGCAGUCAACAGAACAGGGCCAGCCGCAGGAAGCUGGAAACCCAGCAGUGCAGUUUCUGCAUGAGCGAUUAAUGGUCUGGUUGCGAGAAGGCAGGCGAGAAGUGGCCGAUUUUUUAGUGGACAUUUUGUACAGUGUUCUGUAUUGCUGUCCUGAGUCUUUAGAAAGAAAACUGCUUUUGAACGACUUGACAAAGAUGGACUUUCAGUGGCAUGUUUUUCUAUACAUCAUUCGGAAGGCCUGUUCAGAUCCUCUGAAACACUCCUUGAUUGCUGAUUGGCUGAAAGGUGAUGUUUUGGGUAACAAACUGAUCUCUCUAGCAAGUGAUUUGUGUAACCGUGGUCUGACGGACAAGGCGGCACAGCCGGAGUGCUAUCGCUGUGACAAGUGGUCCCUGCUAAGCUUAGUACUCUCAGAGCAUGUUAAGAACGAAUCCUUGAUUGCAGAAACCUACAUGGAGAAGGUGAUUGAUAAACUUCACUGCGCCCUGACUGCAGCCAAAGACCUCUCUGAAGCCGGUGACAUUGAGCAGUCCGUGUCCUUUAUCUGCGACGUUGCCUCCAACUUCUUCAGCUCUGUAAAAGGCUGCUUGCAGAUGCCAUCAGCGGAGGACCUGCUCCUUACCGUCUUUCAGCUGUGCGCCCAGCCACCUGACGUCACUCAUUUAUCAGAAACUCUGAUGCUGAAGCUGAAACACACAUUGGAGGCUGGUCUGAAUUCGCUUGUGCUCCACUUUCACAAUAUACCGCAAGGAAGCACUUUCUUGAAUCGCUCCGCCAAGUGGAUCAAAGAUCAGGUUCAGGCGUCACACCUGAGUGUUCAGGGCCUCCAGUCACUAUUGAGCGCCGUUAAUAACUUGCACAACAAGAUUCUGGAAUCUGGGCCAUCGGUCUCUAGUUUCCUGGUCAAGCACAUGGUCCUGAUCAUGCCGGAUGACGAGGGAUGGCAGAGGAUGCGCCAGUGUCUCCCCGGACAGUGGUCGAGCAAAGCGCUUUUGGAAGGGAGAUUAAGCCUGAACUCCGAAACAUCUGGGACAGAUCUUAAAUCAUUCUCCAAAACUUGGCUGCCCCACCACCUCUGCACGGCCGCUUUACUGAGCAAAAUGGCUUUUCGGGUGCUGGAGAACGAUGUGAUUUUUAAAGACAAGGAAAUUGAAAUGAAAAUAAACAUUACUGUUGCGGAAACGCUCUACAGCUUACAGUGGGGCGAGGAGCUGGAGAGACCUCCAGCUGUCAUUACAGAGUGUUGCGAUAUGCUCCGCACAAUGGACAUAACCCAGGAAAGAGUAAAGGAGCUUGGCGACCACCUUCCAGCUCUGCUGACGCUGCUCUAUACCCGGUCAUUAGCGAGUGGUACACUAUGGUCCCUGACUCUGCACAAACUUCUGAGUUUGAGGAAUCCUGGACGUGAAGAACUAGAUCUGCUGACGGCAAGCACAGAGGGCUAUUUUCCCGUAACCCAAGGAACGCUGCACACUGUCCAGGCCCUGGCGCCAUUCUUAAGUAAUGAGGAGAAGGAGUCUCUUAUAAUCCAGUGUACGGCCAGACUUAUGACCUGCGCUGCUCCGGCUGUGUCCUGUACAGAUGGUGGAUUUGGAUAUCUGGCUAUUAUCCACUCAUGCCUGGAUUCCGAGUCUAUUCCGUCUCCGGAGGUGCUGCCGGCAAUACUAAAAUUAAUUUCAGAGUGGAAGAAUAACCAUGUGGAUCUCUUUCUGUUCAGCAGCAAUUUGCAAGACGCCAGCCUGGAGCUGAUCGGCCUAAACGUGGAGAUGAUCAGAUUCUUGUCUCUCCUUCUGAAAUACUCAUCCUCCGCGUUACCCUCCCUGGGAGAUGUCGAGUGGGAUUUCAUAAUGUGCUCUAUGUUGACGUGGGUAGAGACUGCGUGUGAGAGCUCCGCACUCUACCGUAUUCCACUUGUCCGGCUGUUUGCUUGCUUAAGUUGCAACCUGGCAUCGGAUGUAUCUGGUUAUUUUCAAGCGGUCACCGCGGGCACUUCUGACGAGCUUCCCGCCAACCUUAUCUGCGAGUGGAACGAAUUCUUUUCGGAAGGGGUCCACAGUUUACUGUUACUGAUGCUGGUAAAAAUAGCAGGGGAGAGCAAGUCUUCAGAGGCGUCUUAUCAGGGCCCCGUUCUGCAGUCGCUUGGCCAAGCUUUGCGUUUCAUUACUAAGGACCAGCUGCUCAGCCACAAGCUCCCGGCCAAGUUUGUCGCUGGACAGAAGACCAACCUCAGUGACCGGCUGCAGAGCCUGCUAAACACGCUGGCCCCUCUCCUGCUGCACCGAGAGAGAGCGGUGCAGGUCGCAGUUUACCAUAUGCUGAAUAAAAUUAUGGUUGAUCUGCCGGCAUUUGAUGAUGAUGACCUGAAAUCUGAUGAAGAAGAGGAACCUGCCCUGUCCCCGCCAGCCGCUCUGAUGUCUGUCCUGGCCGUUCAGGAAGAUUUAGUUGAAAGUCUGCUGGAAGGAAUCCAAGUGGGAGAGUUUGCCAUAAUCCAGCCAUUAAAAGAAGAGUUCUGCUUUGUUCUGGGUUAUCUUCUUACUUGGAAACUAAUUCUGACUUUCUUCAAGGCUGCAUCAUCUCAACUACGAGCGCUGUAUUCUCAGUAUCUGCGGAAAACAAAGAGUCUAAAUAAACUUCUUUACAACUUGUUCAAGCUUAUGCCUCAUACACCAACCGUUCCCAUACAAGCGAGCGACGCAGCUAGCAAGGACCUCAGAACUUUCUUUACCGAAGAGCUAAACUUAACUGUAAAAGGCUCCACCGCUCUGCAGUACGAGAUUCCCCAUUUGGCGUGCUGCGUCUAUCACAUCACCUUGCAGGACCUACCGGCCAUGGUCCGGCUGUGGUGGAAUGGCUGUGACAAAAGGAUCUUCAGCGUGGUUGACAGAUUCACCACCAAGUACGUCAGCGGUGUGCUGUCUUCUCAGGAAAUAGCAUCUGUACAGUGUAGCACGCAAGUCUUCGAUGGCAUGACCGUGAAAGCUCGUCCUACUACGCGGGAGGUAAUAGCUACCUAUUCUGUUGAUGACAUCUGUAUUGAGCUCAUCAUUCAGCUCCCACAGAACUACCCCUUGGGUUCAAUCAUUGUCGAAAGCGGCCGGCGAUUGGGUGUCGCCGUUCAGCAGUGGCGCAACUGGAUGCUGCAACUCAACACUUACCUGACACACCAGAACGGAAGUAUAAUGGAUGGCCUGGCCCUUUGGAAGAACAAUGUGGACAAGAGGUUUGAAGGCGUUGAAGAUUGCAUGAUCUGUUUCUCUGUUAUUCAUGGGUCAAAUUAUUCCCUACCAAAGAAAGGCUGCAGAACCUGCAAGAAGAAGUUUCACUCGGAGUGCUUGUACAAAUGGUUUACCUCUAGCAACAAGUCUACAUGCCCCCUGUGUAGAGAAACUUUCUUUUGAAGCGUGCCAGCUAAGAGAUCCCGCCGAGUACGCCAAAAUACCAUUCUGCAAAAUCGCCCAAUCCUGCACCACUGAAAGACCUGUAUUUUUUUAUUUCAGCAGUAUGUGAAUAUGUUUCUAUUGUCUGAUAUUGAUGUACAGUAGCAGCUAAACUAAAGUUUUUCCUUCCAUCAAACCACCUAAGUGUGAUAAAACUGUUUCGUGAUGGUUGUGGUAACAUCGGGAUUUAAGUUUUUGCUUUCUGUAUGGAAUCUGCGGUGAUAAUUUUAAUGAUUACAGAAGCUAUAAAUUGGACACACAGGUUUUUGUCACAAGUAUUUAACUAAAGUGCAAAACUUUUUGGUUUUGCAGAUUGUACAAUUGACAUGUACAGCAAUAAAAGCCAACGUCCGCUUGUACAUUUUACUGUAUCUUCCUUUGGAAAUUAAGCAGAUUUUCAGUAAAAUCCAUUUGAGAAAGUG